GGGGCUUCAGAACCCCAGAAGCCUGAGGCGCUUAAGAUGGCGGCUCCUGGCGAGGGUUUCUGGCGAGGUCGGCGAUUGCGCGAGGGACCGAAUAGCUGAGUGGCUUCGGCCACCGACAUGGCUCGGGCCAGUCGGCCCCAUCCCGGUCCUCGGUGUUGACCUCGUCGAAGAAGCUGGGCGACGAACAUUUAUGCCGCUGGCCCUGGAAGCCGCCUUCGCCUGUAUUACAGUUUUGCCUCGGAGGUGUGGAGGAGAAAGGCGAAAUCUGGCGGCGCCAGGACUGCCUUGGGAGAGGAGUCCGGAACUUGGAGCGGGUGAAAAUGCAAAACCUAAGAAGCUGUUGGGCUGAUGAAUUUCUGUAGUAUAUUCUCAACAUUGUGAGAUUGACAAUGGAUAAAUGUAAGCAUGUAGGCCGACUGCGGCUUGCCCAGGACCAUUCAAUAGUGAAUCCUCACAAAUGGCAUUGUAUGGUAUGCAAUACUACAGAAUCUGUAUGGGCCUGUCUCAGUUGCUCACAUGUUGCUUGUGGAAGAUAUAUUGAAGAACAUGCGCUAAAGCACUUUCAUGAAAGCAAUCAUCCAGUAGCAUUGGAAGUAAAUGAGCUGUACAUUUUUUGCUACCUUUGUGAUGAUUAUGUUCUUAAUGAUAACGCCACUGGUGACAUAAAACUUUUACGAAGUAUAUUAAGUGCAAUCAAGAGCCAGAAUUAUGACUGCACUACUCGGAGUGGUAGGAUUUUGCGAUCUAUGGGCAUAAGUGAUGAUAUUUCACAUAAUAAUGCUCAGGCUUUGCUUCGAGGUCAAGACCGUAUGUUCACAGCCCUAUGGCACAGGAGGUAUGCAUUAAUGGGCAAAGUAUUUAGAACUUGGUUUGAAUUAACACCAACUGGGAAAAGGAUUUUAGAAGAAGAUAAGCUGUGUGAACAGGCAGAAGAAAGACGAAUCAAUGCUAGGAAGAAAAGAGAAGAGCGAAAGCGCCAAUUGAAGGAGGAAAUGGAAAAAAUACCACCAAGGAAAAGCUUUCGCUUGCAAAAACAAAAUGAAUCUUCAGUAUGUGUACUAAAAAUGCCACAAAAUUUGGGCUCUGAUAUAGAGUUGAAAGUAGCAGCUACCUCAGAUGAUGUAAAGUUAAAAAAAAUUAAUGAUUCUCCAGCCAAACGAAGACCUACUAUGACUCCUGGUGUGACAGGACUACGAAACUUGGGAAAUACUUGCUAUAUGAACUCAAUUCUUCAGGUAUUGAGUCAUUUGUUCAUAUUUCGGGAAUGUUUUUUAAAGCUUGAUUUAAACCAAACACAAGAGUUGUUAGCAGUUGCAGCCAGUGGCAAAACAAGAUCAUCUACAAAGCAGCCUCUAUCUGCUAGCUUUGAUGUUCAAGAACAGAAAACCUUUGUUAAGGACCUGACAUUUUUCACAAGGCGAUUUAGUACAUCAUCAGGUUUAAGUGGUGGUGGAUCAAGUAAUAGAAAUAUGGAACUUAUUCAGCCCAAGGAACCAAGUUCAAAGUACAUUUCUCUUUGUCAUGAAUUACAUACUUUGUUUCAAGUUAUGUGGUCUGGCAAGUGGGCAUUGGUGUCUCCUUUUGCCAUGCUCCAUUCUGUGUGGAGACUAAUCCCAGCCUUCCAUGGUUAUGCCCAACAAGAUGCUCAGGAAUUUCUUUGUGAACUUUUGGAUAAAGUCCAACAAGAAUUGGAGACAGUUAGAGCAAAAAGCCCAGCCCUCAUUCCUGCUUCUCAAAGGAAACUCAUUAAAAAAGUUUUUAAUGUGGUCAACACUAUUUUUCAUGGACAGCUUUUAAGUCAGGUAACAUGCCUUGCAUGUGACAACAAAUCAAAUACUGUAGAGCCUUUCUGGGACUUGUCAUUGGAAUUUCCUGAAAGAUACCACUGCAAUGGAAGGGAGACAACCUGUCAGUAUCCAUGCUUGUUGACAGAGAUGUUAGCCAAAUUUACAGAAACUGAAGCUUUAGAAGGGAAGAUAUAUGCCUGUAACCAGUGCAACACAAAACGAAGAAAAUUUUCUUCUAAACCUGUUCUACUCACAGAGGCCCAGAAGCAGCUUCUGGUGUGCCACCUACCUCAGAUUCUGCGGUUACACCUUAAGCGAUUCAGAUGGUCAGGACGCAAUCAUCGUGAGAAGAUUGGUGUGCAUGUCAACUUUGAUGAGAUUCUAAACAUGGAACCCUAUUGUUGCAGAAAAUCUCUAAAAUCCCUUAUGGCAGAUUACUUUAUCUAUGAUUUGUCUGCUGUUGUGAUGCAUCAUGGAAAAGGAUUUGGUUCAGGACACUACACUGCCUAUUGCUAUAAUUCAGAUGGAGGGUUCUGGGUACACUGCAAUGAUUCCAAGCUCACCAUGUGCACUAUGGAAGAAGUAUGCAAGGCCCAGGCAUAUAUUUUAUUUUAUACCCAACGAGUUACUCUAAUGAAUGGACAUUGGAGAAUGUCAGGUCUUGAUUCACCAUCUGGAAAACAGGCAAAUACUGAAGUUAAUGGCUCCAAUGCGAAAAGUGACAGCUAAUUCAGAACCAAAUUGCUAUGUACAGAAUAAGUUUGGAUUGCGCAAUAAUGUACUAAAUCUGCCUUCUGGAGCCAAACCCUAUUACGUGUUCAGAUCUUUUGUACCUUUUAAACUCAUUCAUGACCGUAACUUCCCAAGUUAUUAACAUAUAUAUCUCAAUUGUUAAGAGAAAAUUUUCCAUUUGAAUCUUUAAAUUUUACCUCAAGCUGUUUUUCAGCAUUUUAAUAUUUUGAAAUAGGAAAUUUAGAUGAGGAAUAUGGGCGGGCAAACUCUGGACUAUUUUUAAAUUAAAAGCUGUGUUUUAUACUACUUCUAGCAAUACUGUGGAUGUUGUCUACAGGAAUCUGUCUUG